GCCGGAGCCGAGCCGGGGUCGCGGCAGCAGCGGGGACCCUCGGAGGCGGGGCCGGUGGGACUGCGAUGGGCGUGGAGAUCGAGACCAUCUCCCCGGGAGACGUCUCGUCUGCAAACCGAUGGCCUUCAAACUGAAGCCUCCGGCCCAGACCUCCGACCUGAGUUCCCGGUCGUCCAUUUAUCCAGCAGCUGCUCAACCUCUCCCUGCCCACCGAUACUUCAAAGUCAGCAAGUCCGAAACAGAACUCGCGCUCCUCUGUGUUCCCUGCUCCCAGCCUCCGGGACUAACACCACUCUUUUCACAGUAGGUUGUCAGUGAAUGUUUGUGGAAUGGAUGAAGGGAAGUAAAAGGAGACCUCAAAGAAAGGAAGAGAACCGGGAGAGAGUGGAAUCGAGGAACCCAAGAGAAUAAAGUUCAAAUCAAGGCCAGAGAGGAAGGACAUUCCCCAAGAAGGGCCAGACGUGUGUGGUGCACUACACAGGAAUGCUCCAAAAUGGGAAGAAGUUCGAUUCAUCCAGAGACAGAAACAAACCUUUCAAGUUCAGAAUUGGCAAACAGGAAGUCAUCAAGGGUUUUGAAGAGGGAGCAGCCCAGAUGAGCUUGGGGCAGAGGGCGAAGCUGACCUGCACCCCUGAUGUGGCGUAUGGAGCCACGGGCCACCCCGGUGUCAUCCCUCCCAAUGCCACCCUCAUCUUUGACGUGGAGCUGCUCAACUUAGAGUGAAGGCAGGAAGGAACUCAAGGUGGCUGGAGAUGGCUGCUGCUCACCCUUCUAGCCUGCUCUGCCACUGGGAUGGCUCCUCCUACCUGGGGCUCUUGAUCAGUGUGCUAAUCUCACUGCCCCGCGACACUAUCCAUUCUGCCCAAGUUGCCCUGUAUGCGUUCGUCAUUGUUCACGUGCAUCUUUGCUUGAGGAAACCUCGGUUGCAGCUCAAAACGUUUCAGGUCGUGCAUUUUGCGUGAUGCAUGUAGUAGCCAUUCCUGAUCACAAAACACAGAUUUCUUGUUCGCACAAUCUACACUGCCUUACCUUCAAUUAAGCCAGACACACAAGGUGCUCAGACAUGAAAUGUACAUGAUGUACUGAUGUACACAGAGGGACUUGAGCCAGUUACCUUUGCUGUCACUUUCUCUCUUAGAAAUUCUGUUGGCUGCUGAAUUAUAAAAAUGUCCUCUUUAAAAAUGACAUGUAAAAUAAAGGCUCUGUGCUCGACAAA